AUGCCCUUCAUGCCUGUCUAUGUGGAUGACAUAAUCAUCACUGUCACAACUUCUAUCUCUUGCCAAGCUCUCAUCUCCCAGCUUAGUGCCAAAUUCUCAAUGAAAAAUCUAGGUCCAUUGCAUUAUUUUUUGGGUAUUCAGGUUCAGCGCACUGCCGAUACAAUGUUUCUCUCCCAACAGAAGUACAAAUGUGAUCUCCUUACUCAAUUCUCCAUGUUGGACUACAAACCAUGCUCAACACCUUCUUCCUCUCAAAAAUUGGACAAUACAAGUGGUGAAAUCCUCUCUGAUCCUUCCACAUAUUGGCCUCUCAUUGGCGCCUUACAGUAUCUUAUAUGGACCAGGCCAGAAAUUGCGCUCUCAAUCAAUCAAGUGUACCAACAUAUGCACACUCCUUGUACUCCGCAUUUGUCAGCCGUGAAGAGAAAAUUGAGAUAUCUAAAAGGCACACCAGCUUAUGGCUUGCUCAUUCGCAAAGGAAAUCUCAACCUCACUGCCUAUUCUGACAUAGACUGGGCUGGUUGUCCCAUUGACCGGGGCUCUACCACCGGCUAUUGUAUCUUUUUUGGACAAAACUUGGUGUCUUAG